AUGAAACUGGGAAAGAUGACCAAAACUAUGAUUAAGACUGGAUUCACCUGGACUCCAGAGCUUGAGAUAAAGCUCUACUAUGCAAUGGAAGACUUGAAGCCAGCAGGAGUGAAUAAGCAUUUCCACAUGAUGGUGAUCCUGAAGAAAUUAAAUGAAGAAAUGAAUGUGAAUGUCAACUCUAGUGAUGUGUGGAAGCAUUUGGAGUCAUUGUAUGAUCUCUCUGCCAUUGAUGGAAUUGAAAACUCAGCUCGCCCAUUUUUAGAGUCCAGGGAAUUCAUUUUGCCAGAUGAAGAGUACAAGGAUUUGAUCAAGGAAAGGACAUUGAUGAAGGUGAAGACUGAAGCACCUGAUAAUGAUAAAAGUUGUGACAGUAAGACACCUCCAGUGUCAAAAAAGAAAAGGAAGGGAUUGGAUAGAGGAGAUGACAGCAGUGAAACUGACUCGGACAAAACCCUGGGGAUAGCAGUGGUGCAGAAGCACAAGCAACUCAGGCUUGUCAUGAUGGUGGAGACCUUGGUCCUGGUGGACACAACAUGCACGAAGUGCCAGAGUCGCUUACAGCGACGCUACAAAUAUCGCUUCAAGAUGCCAGAGUCGAAGAGCUGGCACUAA